AUGACAAGCCAAAUACAUAGAUACGUCCACGAAGCAAUUAACACUUAUUGGACACGUUAUGCGACAUUGAGCAGUUCUGUCAUGUCAAAGUCCUUCCUACUACAUACCCUAGGUCUUCCUCUCCUAACCAUUACUCUCGUAUUUCACUCUACCCUCUUUCCCUCUGCUUUCAGUAAUGAACUUCGAACAAUCCUCGUGGAAUCCGGACGAGAUGACCCAGUUCUAUCCGGUAAUAAUCAAGAAAAUGACAAAAUCCUAAUAUCAGACAGAGGAGGAGGCAACAAUAAUCAUUAUUUUCCACUUUCCAAUCGAACUAAUUUAUAUGGUGAUCCAGUUCACCAAAUGCUUAGUUCAUCCAAUGGAGUUGUCCGAAUGCAGAACCGUAAAGUUUCUGAGCAUAUUGGACCAGAUGGUCGAUUCAAAUCGAGCAUUUGCGAUCAACCGAAUGGGUUUUUGCGAAAGCAGCGAUCCCUGUGUCUGCAAUAUAUUCAACUAAUGGAAUCUGUGGUUCGUGGGUACUUUAUGGGCUUGAGGGAAUGUGAAUAUCAAUUCGCCUCUCAUCGAUGGAACUGUCUUGGAUAUAACCUAACAAUUAGAAAUCCACCUACAAGGAGAAAGUCUGGAAAAGUACUAAGGUCAAGUCAGGACGAACGAUCGAAUAGGAAGCGGGUCAGAACCUAUAUGGAUCGACUUCUUUCCAGUGGUAUGGUUGCUAUUUAA